UUCUUCUCUCUGCUCCUACUCCGUGACACCAUCAUCAUCACACACACACUCUCUCUCUCUAUAUUCUCUCUCUCUCUCUCUCUCUCUCUCUCAUGGAGCAACGACUCUGACCUCUUUUCUUCUCCCGUUACCUAUCACUCUGCUCAGUGGCUCUGUUUGUUUACAGAUCUUACAGCAAUUUUGCAUCUGUUGUUGUUCUCUGUUGUUGUUGUUGUUGUUAUGGCGGAUGUAGGAAAAAUUGGAGUGAUAUUGAAGCUGAUUGAUAUCGUGAACGAGAUUUCGGUGAUAUCGGAUUACCGGAGCACGGUAAGGAAGCAGUUUUUUAAUUUAUCUAGAAGGUUGAAGCUGUUGAAUCCGUUGUUUGAAGAGAUUCGCGAUGUUAAAGAGGCGGUUCCCGAUGAAUCGUUCCGAUCUCUUGUUUCGUUGAUGGAGGCGUUGGAAUCUGCUAAGGAGUUGCUCAGAUUGGGGAGUGAAGGGAGUAAGAUUUAUUUGGUUCUCAAAGUUCAAUAUGCUCGGAUUGCUGCUCAGACUGCUGAACUCCUGGCCAAAAGGCCCUGGAGAAAGAAGAAAUAAUGAAAAAAUACCAAGAAGUUACGGAGCGUUUGGAAAAAGAUCUAGAAGGCAUUUCAUUUGAGAAACUUGACAUAUCAGAUGAAGUUAAAGAACAGGUUGCACUUGUUCUCGCUCAAUUCAGAAGAGCCAAAGGAAGAACCGACGCACCAGAUGUUGAGUUGAAUGAAGAUCUUUCAUCCCUUUACGAUAAGGGUAGUGAUGUGGCAGCAGAUCCUUCGGUCUUAAAACGAUUGAUUGAAAAACUACAAUUAACCAGAAUUAACGAUCUCACACAUGAAUCAAUAACAUUGCAUGAAAUGGUUACCGCGAGCGACGGUGAUCCCGGAGAAAAUAUAGAAAAAAUGUCAAUGUUAUUGAAACUGAUCAAAGAUUUUGUGCAAACCGAUAAUCCAAGUGCAGAUUCACCUCCUGGUGAAACUUCUGCUCCACCAAAUUCAAACAAUCAAGAAACUUCGUCCAAGAGUUAUAAAAAUAUAUUAAUACCUGAUGAUUUCCGUUGUCCUAUAUCGCUCGAGCUAAUGAAAGAUCCUGUUAUCGUCUCAACCGGGCAGACGUAUGAACGAACAUGUAUAGAGAAAUGGUUAGAAGCCGGGCACAAAACAUGCCCUAAAACACAGCAAAACCUAACGAGUACCGUUCUCAUACCAAAUUACGUGUUACGAAGUCUUAUAGCUCAAUGGUGCGAGGCAAAUGGUAUCGACCCACCACAACGGGCGGGGCGGCCAACUUCUGCGUGCACCCCCGCAGAACGGUCUCUGAUAAACGUGCUGCUAACUAAGCUCAAAUCGGUUAGUCCAGACGACCAACGAACUGCAGCCGGUGAAAUCCGUCUUCUUGCAAAACGAAACGCUGAUAACCGUGUAGCCAUAGCCGAAGCCGGUGCGAUCCCGCUUCUCACACACCUACUAACCGCACCGGACUCACGAACGCAAGAACAUGCAGUCACCGCGCUUUUAAACCUUUCGAUUUGCGAAGAUAACAAAGGAAGCAUCGUGUCUUCUGGCGCAGUCCCCGGGAUUGUUCAAGUGUUAAAAAAGGGUAGCAUGGAAGCACGUGAAAACGCAGCCGCCACGCUUUUCAGUCUCUCGGUGAUCGAUGAAAACAAGGUGACAAUCGGUUCAUUAGGAGCAAUCCCGCCACUCGUAUUACUAUUAAGCGAAGGUACACAAAGAGGGAAAAAAGACGCUGCAACCGCGUUGUUUAACCUAUGCAUAUAUCAAGGUAACAAGGGUCGGGCCGUGAGGGCGGGUGUGAUCACCACAUUAAUGGAGCUUUUAACCGAACCGCAAGGCGGGAUGAAAGACGAGGCGUUAGCCAUUCUCGCCAUACUCUCGAGCCAUCCAGAAGGAAAGGUGGCUAUCGGUAAAUCCGAUGCGGUUCGCGUUUUGGUGGAGUUUAUCGGGUCUGGGUCUCCGAGAAAUAAAGAGAACGCCGCAGCGGUUUUGGUUCAUCUUUGUUCGGGUGAUAAUAAGUAUUUAGUGGAAGCGCAAGAACUCGGGGUGAUGGGGGUUCUGGUGGAUUUGCUACAUCAUGGUACCGAUAGAGGGAAAAGAAAGGCGGCGCAGUUGUUGGAGAAGAUAACGCGAUACACCGAGCAACAGAAGUUAUCUCAAACUUUGUCUCAAGCGAUUGCGGAAAGCGAAGAAUGACCGAAGAUUGUGCGGUUAUUGUUUUGUUUGAUUGAUAUUGAUAUUGGUACCCUUUUCAAUGUUGUUUUUUUCCAUUGAAAUGUAGAAGAAGGGGAAAGGUGGAAGAUCACCAUCCCCCAUCCCUUGUCUUUUUUUAGUGUAUUGAGGAUUAUUACUGCAAACAAAUACAAGGUAAAAAGAUGUGAUCUGACUCUGUUGUUAUUCUCACUUCUAAUGGAAGGGUAUUUAUUGUCUUGUCUU